AUGAGCUACCGUCGGAUUCCAGUACUGUCCACCGCGGUUGACGGCCGAUUUCGCUACUUAACCCUGCACUGGCAGUUUGAUCUAGCGAGGGCUUCGGGUGUCGUCAUCUGGGAUUGGGAUGGAUUCAACAGGCAGCUCUUCCUCUACGGUCCACCCCGAGAGUUCCCCUACGAGCCUGCGGUCGCCUGCGGUCCGGUGAGCAUCUUCAUCGACAUCACCAACCGCCCAGCCGUCCUCCCGCCCGGCUUCUGGGCCACUGAAAGGGUCCUCAUUGGCCCUACUUGGGGUAUGCCGGGCUGGGCGCCUUUGCUUCCGACAGACCCUCUGUUCCUGAGCACCGAGAGAUCUCUUGGAGGACGUCCUGGGACGGUCGGCGAUUUGCGCUGGUGCGGUACCUGCGGCAAGUGGCUCUGGGCCCCUUACUUCUUCGACCACGUUGGUGCCCGCGCGAAUUCGCGCACCUGCAACCGGUGUGUUAUGCGCCGAGACCUUCGUUUCCGGGCGUACAAUACGAGGGACGCCUGGCUUGUAGCCAAGCAGCCGACGAUAAUGUGGCUCCGCCCCGGCGAACCGGGCUACGAUCACUAG